CUCCUCUAUAAAGUGUGAACUCCUCUCACAGUGCCAAACAAAGUGAAAGGAAAAUGUAUAGUGCUUCUGCCUCCCAAUCCCCUCCUCCUCUUCCUUUCCACCUCCUCUUCUUCCUCCUCACCCUCCUCCUCCUCCUCGGAGUCUCCUGGUACACCAGCUACGAGGCGAUCCUCGAGGGCGUGUUCUAUCAGCUCAAGUUCCUGCUCGUCGUCUCGCCUUUGCUGUUGCUAAUCGUACUUCACUGGCUCUCCUCGGAUGGGCUCUCUUUCUUGGUUCCAUUUCCGGAGAAGGAGUCGCUCCAUCGGGCUGGCGGAUCGCCUUGGGGUGUUGGUUUCCUCCUCCUCCUCCUUAUUCUCAUGAUUUCCUAUCAGUCCUACUUCCAAGAUCGUUGGUUUCCUCUGUCAAGUCGUUGAUCUUAUUAAGAAUCGUAUCUUAAUAUAUAUAAAGGUUUGCUGUGUAAAUUUGUAAUUUCUCGUGAAUGAAAUGAUUUAGUUUCUGCUCAA